AUGGAAUCAAACAAGUCCACGUUUCAACCCAUAGACUUAGCGGGCAAAGUUAUCAUUAAAGUUCAAUUAGGUGAAGAUAUAAGAAAAGUAUUACUUCAUAAUGAAUCAAUUACAUAUGAUGAAUUAUUACUUAUGAUGCAACGGAUAUUUAAUGGAAAACUAACUGCAAAUGAUGAUCUCACAAUCAAAUAUAAAGAUGAAGAUGGAGAUUUGGUUACGGUAUUUGAUAGUCAGGAUUUGUCAUUUGCUUUGCAAACGAGUAGAGUAUUAAAACUGCAAGUUUUUAUGAAUAAUCAAGAAAGAUCAAAAGCAUCUUUAAAUUCUGAAGGACUUCAGAAACAAUUACGAGAAAUAAGAGAUGCUGUGACAUGGUUAUUAGAUACAAUGGAUAUUAAUGAAGGAAACAAUAUGUCAAAUCCUAUACAACAAGAGCCAUUAAAUGUUAUAACACCAGAAAUACCAACAGAUAAUGGGGUUACAAAAGAAUUUGAUCCAUUGCGAAAUUCAAAAGAAGAACGAUCAAAAACUCCUCAAGCAUCACUAGUUAAAUCUGAAUCAUCUCAAGAAAAUAUUGUUCCAUCUCAACCACAAAGACAAACACCACCUGUUCAGCAACAGUCCCAAAUUCCCCAAAAUUUGUUUAAUGGACAAUCUCAAGGCUCUAUGAAUCAACAUAAUCCAUACUCUGGAGGACAAAUUCCACCACAAGGACAUCAAGGUAAAUGGUUAAAUACUUAUCCACAAGCUGCAAUGAGAGCAUCCUAUCCAACUGCGCAGUACUCUUAUCUGUACUCAACACAGAUACCAGCAUCUGGAUACUCUCAAAUUACAACACAGAUGAAGCCACCUACUAAUCCAUCAGUUCAUUCAAUGUAUUAUUCAACAAAUACAACUCCUAACCCACAAUAUUCAGCUACUCAGUAUCAAGGGCAAUAAUGAUAAUUUACCAAAAUAAGAUUUUGAAACCACCUAAGUGAAUGGACUGAUAAUUACCCAUUUAAAAUAUAGUAAUUGUAUUUUAUAACUACCCAAAAAUCAUUAAAUAUUUAUUUCAAUUAAAAACAAUUAUAA